AGCUCUCCCGUCCGGAUAAUCGCCCUUUUCUUCCCCUCUCCUCUCUCUCUCUUGCGGGCUCUCGCCGAUCUUUCGCGAAAGUACGCCUUUCCCCCUCAAACCCUACUCGCAUCGCGAAUCCACGCCGAAAUCGAAUCCUCUUCUCUUUGAUUGCUCGAGGACUCCGCUCGCCGCCUCCUAGUGUGACCGAUCUGUGGGAAUGGCCGCCAAUGUCUCCGCCGUCUACAUCCACGUAGUGGACGACGUUAUUAGCAAGGUCCGGGAAGAGUUCAUCAGCUACGGCGCCGGGGAGUCCGUGCUUAACGACCUUCAGGCGAUGUGGGAGAUGAGGAUGAUUCAGUGCGGCGCCAUCAGCGGCAACAUCGAUCGGCCGGCUCUCCAGAAGAAUGGUGCGCCGACUCCGGUGCAUGAUCUGAAUGUUCCGUAUGAGGGGCCGCUUGAGGAGUAUGAGACUCCUACUGCAGAGAUGCUUUUUCCACCGACUCCCCUGCAGACUCCCAUCCAGACUCCUUUGCCUGGAACUGCUGAGACGGGAAUGUACAACAUACCCACAGGCCCUUCUGAUUAUGCUCCAUCUCCAAUUUCUGAGAUCAGAAAUAGCAUUGAUAUGAAAGGUGGAGCUGGAAGGCCUAGUCCGUACAUGCAACCACCUUCUCCUUGGAUGAACCAACGACCUUUAGGAGUUGAUGUUAAUGUUGCUUAUGUUGAAGGACGAGAAGAGCCCGAUAGAGGAGCCUCUCAUCAAUCCUUAACUCAUGUGCAGGAUUUUUUUGUCAAUCCCUCAGGGAAGCGUAAAAGGGAUGACCAUCCUUCUCGCUUAAACUCAAAAGGUUACAUACCACAACAGGAUGGCAGUGGUGAUGUGAUAGUAGAAUUCUCUUUACCUGGGAAUGCAAUAAGCCAAUGCGAAAAGUCAUCACUGAUGCAUGCUCAAGGAAAUACUAAGUCCAAGUUCCCCUCCAACAAAGAAACAAAGGAGUCUCUGGUUCUUCCUCAGAGUGAUGGAGUAAAUGACGAAUAUGAUGAUUUGUUCCAGUUUCAAGGAGUAUCGAGUGAAGACUACAAUACACCGGGAGAUAAUGUUGAACUACGUAGUGCGACUCCUGUUGCUGGCACACCGAGGCCAAGUAGGAAUGAAGUAGAUGAAGAUGAAGAGCCUCCUCUUAAUGAGGAUGAUGACGAUGAUGAUGAGCUGGAUGAUCUUGAUCAAGAGGAUGAUGAGACGAACACUCAGCAUUUAGUUCUAGCCCUUUUUGAAAAGGUGACAAGGACAAAGAGCAGAUGGAAGUGCACUCUCAAGGAUGGAAUAAUGCAUCUCAAAAACAGGGAUAUUCUUUUCAACAAGGCCAAUGGAGAGUUUGAAUUUUGAUUUCUUCACCUGUAGCUGCUCUGCUCUCAGAUAAUGGGUGUUCAGUCUCAACUAGGUUUUUACCUGGGAGAGAACGAUAAAAGCUAAUUUACAUGAGCUCUGGUUGCUUUAAAUCCUUUAAUUACUGGGACCUUGUAAAAUUUGCAUAUUUUCUCCAGGAACAGUCAGACAAUCUGGUGUGCAGUGUCUAACUCUUUAAAGUGGCGAACAAGAACAUAAAACUAUUAUUAUAUGCCCAACAACUGAAAUUAGUUGAUAAAUUAUGGAUGAGGAUUUAGUUGAUGUUUUUCA